GAUUGAGUUUGGGCAAGUUGCCACCCUUGAGACCUCAGUGUCCUCAUCUGUAAAAUGGGGGGAAUUGUGAGGACCAAAUACGACCUGUAUGAGGAAGUACCUUGUCAUUUGCUAAAUUCUCUUUAAACAGGAGGUUUUAUGAAUAUUACCACACCGCUGUCUCUGUUCUUCCGUGGCGGGGCCUUUGCUCUCUUUUGUCUGUCUCUGGCUACCUGUCACAUUCUUGACAAUGUCUGCUUUCAUCUUAUGUCAGUCACUUUCUCUUUCUGUCUUUCUGUUACUUGAAGGAGUCUUUUGUUCUGUAUGAAACUGAGAUAAAAAGGUAUACUCGAUUCCUAAGUGCAAAAGGAGGGUGGAAGUGGUGUCUUCCAAGGGCAAAUGGGUGCCCUGAAGGAGAGGGAAAGAUGCAGGAGGGAGGGAGAGAGGGAGAGAGAUGAUCAAAGCAGAAGCAGCUGCAGGGACUGGCGGGACAAAGGGAGGGAGGGGGAGGAGCCUGGGCCACGGAGAAAGUUUGUGGAGAAAGUUGAGCAAAGCAAGGAGGAGCCGGGCAGUGCCUGGGGUGGGCAGGAGGCCCAACCCCAAUUUCCCUGCUGCACCCCAUGUGGCCUGACGCUGACAGAGGCAAAAAUCUGCUAACUCAGGGGGCAGACUCUACCAGGGCUGUGAGCAGGCCUGGGGAAUGACCCCCCAUCUCCAAACGGCGCCUUCAGCGGCUACGUGGCUCUCCCGGGCUAUCUCUGCCUUGGUUCCUCGCCCUUGCCCUGCUCCUUUCUAGCAUCACGAGCCACAUGUCUCCUACCAGGACAAUGCGGCCCUGGCUCUGGGGGCCUCGGAGCCUGGGCGUGGCUCUGGGAGUCUUCAUGACCAUCGGAUUCGGCCUACAGCUCUGGGGGGGGCCCUUCCAGAGGAGGCUACCUGGAGUUGGGCUCCAACUUCAACAACCCUGGGCCCCAUCCCGGGGUCCAAAUGUUCCAUCUUGCACACCCCGGCAGCGGCUCGUGUUCUUGAAGACACAUAAAUCCGGGAGCAGCUCUGUGCUGAACCUGCUUCAUCGCUACGGGGACCGGCACGGGCUGCGCUUUGCCCUCCCCACCCGCUACCAGUUCGGCUACCCAAGGCUUUUCCAAGCCUCCCGGGUCAAAAAUUACCAGCCCCAGGAUGGAGGCGCCCAGCCCCCCUUCCAUGUCCUCUGCCACCACAUGAGGUUCAACCUCAAAGAGGUACUUCAAGUCAUGCCUUCUGACAGCUUCUUCUUUUCCAUUGUCCGAGACCCAGCAGCUCUGGCCCACUCUGCCUUCUCCUACUAUAAAUCCACCUCAUCGGCCUUCCGCAAGGCCCCCUCUUUGGCUGCCUUUUUGGCCAAUCCUCGAGCCUUCUACCGGCCUGGGGCUCGUGGGGACCACUAUGCCCGCAACUUGCUGUGGUUUGACUUUGGCCUCCCCUUCCCCCCAGAUAUGAGGAGCAAGAGAGGGAAUCCUUAUCCCCUCAAAGACCCCAACCCUCCACAUGUCCUGCCUUCUGGUGCUGACCCUCAAGCCCAAACCCUGGAUCCCAAUGGACUCUUCCAUCCUGCUCCCACUGUUGCCAGUGGUCGCCACCAGACGUCCAGCCCUACCUCUUUAGUUUUGGGAUCUUCGUCCUUCAUCCAGUGGGGUCUGGCCUGGCUGGACUCUGUCUUUGACCUGGUUAUGGUGGCUGAAUACUUUGAUGAGUCGUUAGUCCUUCUGGCAGAUGCCCUGUGCUGGGGCCUAGACGAUGUGGUGGGCUUUAUGCACAAUGCCCAGGCUGGAGGUGAGCAGGGCCUCAGUGCUACCAGGGAAGGUAGAUUGACUGAUGAGCAGCAGCAGCUGGCUGCACGAGCCCGCGCCUGGAACAAUCUGGACUGGGCUCUCUAUGUUCAUUUCAACCGAAGUCUGUGGACACGGAUAGAACAAUAUGGCCAGCGCCGGCUGGAGAGUGCUGUGGCUGAGCUCCGGGCUCGGCGAGAGGCCCUGGCUAAACUUUGUCUGGUGGGAGGUGAGGCUCUUGACCCCAAGUACAUCACUGACAAGAGGUUUCGCCCCUUCCAGUUUGGGUCAGCUAAGGUUUUGGGCUAUAUACUUCGGAGUGGUCUGAGUCCCCAAGACCAGGAGGAGUGUGAACGCCUGGUUACCCCUGAGCUACAAUACAAGGACAAGCUGGAUGCCAAACAGUUCCCCCCACCAGUCUCGCUGCCACUCAAGGCUUCCAGGCUACUCUCCCCAUAGGCACCUGACUGCAGAAGCAGACUAAAGAGCAGCUAAACUAGAAGAAAAACAACUAAACUAAGAGAAGAGCAGCUAAGCUAGGAGUAGGGUGCACUUGAUAAAUUCCGGGCAGUCAGAUGCCAUUUCUGCUUCCCUCAGAAGGGAUGUCUGCCCCCUAGAGGACAAAAGGAACUCUGUCUUGAUGCAGGCCCUACCUUCUGGCUUUUGCUUUGGUCAUCCCAGUCCUUCAGUUCCCAGCAGCUCCUCCUCUUCCCCAACCAUUUUACCCCUUCCCCUUUCCAGCCCCAUGGCAGGUCUGUGUAGCACUUUUAAAAGCCCCCUAGAGUGGCGACAGAUGGAAUGAGCCAGAGAAAGUGUGGGGCAUGGUGGAUUGGAAUAACAUCCGUUUCUCUCUGAAAUAUUUGUUAUUGGGCUAUGGUCAUUUCACUAUGAAAUGUUUGUCGAAUGAAUAAAUAAUUUGAAACUUCUACUUGAUUUAUGUAGAAUGGAAAGGGAGGGCUGGGGAAUCUUCCUGGGAGAAGUGGGGCUGAGGGGUUUCUUUUCAAUAUGGAACCACCUUU